AUGUAUAUACCACCACUGAACUUUGCACUCGUAGUAAGCAGAGAUGUCUCACUUUACAGGUCAGGCUACCCCAUGCCUUUAAAUUAUCCUUUUAUCAAGGCACAACUUCAUCUAGGGACGGUUAUAUAUGUUGGAAAUAAAGAUAUUUCGGAAGACUACAAAGCUUUUCUCCAGCAAGAACAAAUCAAGUAUCAUCAUAUCUACAUGGAGUCAUGUAGAGAUGCUGAUAUUCAGCAAGGUAUGGAGAAGGUCCUGGAGCUGGUGCUGAAUGUGGAUAAUUACCCCAUUUUAAUACAUUCCAACAAGGGGAAACACAGGGUUGGAGUUGUCGUUGGUAUAAUUAGAAAGCUUUUACAAGGAUGGUCUAUUACAGGGAUCUAUCAGGAAUACGGCAUUUUUAGCGGAGGUCAGAAGGAUCAGUUUGAUUUGGAAUACAUUACAAUGUUCGAAACGUCUUUAUCUGUGCCAGUUGAAAAAGUUCCCUCUUUCGUCCAGUUUGAUGGCUAUGCAAGUACUGGGUGCAGUAAUUCAUCAUAG